AGACAUAGAAAUUAAAUGUUAUCAUUCCUUGACUCCCAUAAAGACUCUCUAUCCCCCCUCACUCUGCUGAACCAGGUUUAAUUUCAUUUAUUGAUUCAUUCCAGACAUGACCAUUGUGUCAAGCAUGUCCACAUUAACAAUAACAUAAAUAUGUGCAUCUAUAUAUGUAUACAUACAUGUGUGCAAACACACACAUUUGAACAUAUAAAAAAGAAAAUCCCUUAUAAAAUGUAUAUCAAUCAAUACAUCUACAUACAAGAAUAAAUCUGUAAAGUAUAUACCCAAGGUGCACACAUCUGUCCACCCCUACAUACCUAUCUACACACACACAGUAUAAAUGAUACAUAAAUCUGACUUUUCCUUUAUUUGUUCAUUGUUAGAAAACACUGGUGAAGCAACCAGUCAAGAGACACUGAGGGACAUGUCCAUGUGUGGGGAUGAGAGCAAGGCUUUAGUCAGGAUGGGAGAAACAUCAUGAUAACAUGUAAUCUCUGAGCUACAUCUGCAGAUAAAUCAACCUGCGGAGCCAGAAUCUCAUCUCCAGCACCUUCCUGCUGAAAGGCAGAAGACAUCAGAAAUACUUACACUGAGGCUGAGGUCAAAGACUCAGGGUGUGUUGAAGUGAUGGAUGGGCUACUGAAGCUGCCUGGUGUCGGAAUAUUACCGGAACAACUGUGACAGUCUAUUGUAGUCUGUUUGGGUUAAUUAAAGAAACAUAGUUUGUUUAGCUAUUGUUUGUUCAGUUUCAGGAGUCUGAGUUGCUCAGGAGUUGUUUUUGUUAGUUUGCUUUAAUGUGAAUUCAGUCCACUCAGUUUACUGCAUCAUCCACAAAACUGUGAAAAGGUUUUCAUUGGCAAAUUUCAUUUUUGAAUAUUUGAUGUGUGAGCUCUUACUUUAACUUUAUAUAGAACUUAAAAAGUGACUGGUAGGUGGGAACAACUAAGGUAUCAGAACCUAGAAUCGUUCCUCUUUACCAAGUAUGCGGAAAAAGGCACCAGAAAGGGUUAAUGUACCUUCAGGGAAUCAGUCCGUCUGAAAAUAUAUCGUCUUCCUGCUAUGAAAUAGUGAUUCCAGUUUAUUCACAUAUUUUUUAAGUGGGUGUAGCUUGCACCUGUUGAUAGUCAAGGUUGUCUGAGUCAAACAUUUUCAUUGUAGCUGAGAGGCAAAAUGGCUCGGAGAGGACUUCAGAUAGACUUAGAAUCUAUGUCCUGCUACAUCUGUUUGGAUCUACUGACGGAUCCGGUGACUAUUACCUGUGGACACAGUUACUGUGUGGACUGUAUUAAUGACCACUGGGAUGGAGAAGAUCAGAGGAGAAUCUACAACUGCCCUCAAUGCAGGAAAGCCUUCAUACCAAGGCCUUUCCCAAAGAAGAACAUCAUGAUAGCUUCUGUAGUCGAUGAUAUGAAGAAGACUGAAUCCCAAGCUGCUGUAUCGGAUCACUGCUAUGCUGGACCUGAAUAUGUGGCCUGUGAUGUCUGCACUGGGAGGAAGAGGAAAGCUGUCAAGUCCUGCUUAUCCUGUUCAGUUUAUUACUGUGGGAAUCACCUCCAACCUCACUAUGAUGCUCCACCAUUACAGAGGCACAAACUGGUGAAUCCCACCAAUAAGCUCCAGGAGAACAUCUGCUCUCGUCAUGAUGAGGUGAUGAAGAUCUUCUGUCGUACUGAUCAGCAGUGUAUCUGUUAUCUCUGCAAUAUCGAGGAACAUAAAGACCAUGAAACAGUUUCAGCUGCAGCAGAAAGAGCUGAGAAGCAGAAGGAGCUCCAGGAGAGUCGACAACAAAUCCAUCAGAGAAUCCAGGACCAAGAGAAAGAUGUGAAGCUGCUUCAACAGGAGGUGGAGGCCAUCAAUGUCUCUGCUGAUAAAGCAGUGGAGGACAGUGAGAAGAUCUUCACUGAUCUGAUCCGUCUCCUCCAGGAAAGAAGCUCGGAUGUGAAGCAGCAGAUCAGAUCCCAGCAGGAAACUGAAGUGAGUCGAGUCAAAGAUGUUCAGGAGAAGCUGGAGCAGGAGAUCACUGAGCUGAAGAGGAAAGACGCUGAGCUGGAGCAGCUCUCACACACAGAGGAUCACAUCCAGUUUCUCCUCAACUACCCCUCACUGCCAGCACUCAGUGAGUCUACACACUCAUCCAGCAUCAACAUCCGUCCUCUGAGACACUUUGAGGACGUGACACCAGCUGUGUCAGAGCUCAGAGAUAAACUACAGGACAUCCUGAGAGACACAUGGACAAACAUCGAACUGAAGGUCACUGAGGUGGAUGUUUUACUGUCAGAACCAGAAGAAAGUAACAGAGCCAGAUGUUUAAAAUAUUCACAAAAAAUCACUCUGGAUCCAAACACAGUACACAAAAAUUUAGUUUUAUCUGAGGGGAGCAGAAAAGUAAUAUUUGUGAACCAAGAACAAUCUUAUCCCCAUCAUUCAGACAGAUUCAGUGAUUAUUAUUAUCAGGUUCUUAGUAGAGAGAGUCUGACUGGACGUUGUUACUGGGAGGUGGAGUGGAGAGGGGAAGGAGUUAAUGUAGCCGUUUCAUACAAAAACAUCAACAGAGCAGGAAGAUCAGAUAAGUGUUUAUUUGGAUUUAAUAACAAAUCUUGGUCAUUAUAUUGUGACGGAAACAGUUACACUUUUCAUCACAACAACAUUGUAACUCCAGUACCAGGUCCAGUUUCCUCCAGAAUAGGAGUGUACCUGGACCACAGAGCAGGUAUUCUGUGUUUCUACAACGUCUCUCGAACCAUGACUCUCCUCCACAGAGUCCAGACCAGAUUCACUCAGCCUCUGUAUGCUGGGAUUUAUGUUCAUGCCGACUCCAUUUCAAAGUUCGUUAAACCAAAAUAGUCAGCAGAGAUCUGAAAUUUAGUUGAAGGUGUGUAUUUUAGUUUCAGCUUCUUUAGUCUCUGGCAUUGAUGAUGAAACAUCACCAUUUCUUCACUGCUCAGAGAAUCAUCUUUCUUUAUGUAGCUACUUUGUGAUCCUGUUUGGGGUUUUAUUGAUGGUGGGGUUGGUUUCAGUGGUGCCUCUUCCUGCCAUGGAGGCUAUCACUGCUCAUUUUGAUUCUCCUUAAAUAGUUACAUUUGGUCUGAAAAAGUAAGACAUGUAAAUGUUGUUCUAAUCCACAUGAUCAUUAAUCAGGAUAUCAGUCAUUGUUUUACUGGACAAAUUCUGGCUGAACCUGAUUGUAGAAAUUAAUUUAAAAGUAGAACUGUACAGAACAAGACUCACUGUCUGCUUUAUUCAGACACAAAUAUUGUUACUGAGCAUUUUGAGCAGACAAGUGGUCACGUUCUUAAAAUGUUUAUAUUCAUUGAUUUGGGGCUGUAAAUGUAUUCAUUGGGAAAUGUUUUAAAAUAAAAACUCUGUAAAUCCCUAAAA